CUACAAUCACUAAGAUGCCACCAAAAAGACGCUCUUCCCCAAUAAAUGACUUGCCUAUCAACAAAAGCAGGCCAGGAGAGGAAAGACACGAAAAAUCUGACAAUGAGAUGGGCGAAUUCGAAGACAACUACGAAGACGAAUUUGAGUCUGACGGAGAAGUUAUCGACAACGCUAAUGAGGACGACGAUGGUGUUGAAGUAAUGCAGGAAGAAAAUGAAGGUGAAGCAGAAGCAGAGGCUGCAAAAGCUAAACCAUACAUUCCACACCAAUAUAAACUCAAACCGGAUGAAAUUUUAGAACCAGACAACUCAGUUUAUGAAAUGCUCCAUAGCAUGUCUGUUCCAUGGCCUUGUCUCUCCUUCGAUAUCAUGAGAGACGGAUUAGGCGACGAGCGUAGAAGUUACCCAGAGGAAAUGUUUGUAGCAACCGGUACACAAGCAGCUGGUGAUGCUAAUGAGGUUAUGGUUAUGCGCUGGGCUAAUUUAUGGAAGACUCAACAAUCAGAAGACAGUGACGAUGAAGACGACGACGAUAAUGCAGACGAGCAGCCUACAAUUGAGCACAAGUCAAUCCCACACAGAGGUGGUAUUAAUAGAUUCAGACUAGAGAAACUUCCAGCUACCGUAAACCCAACAUCACCAAAUUCUUUCCCAGAUAGACCAUACUUAGGCGCAACAUGGGCAGAUACUGGUAAAGUGCACAUCUUCAACCUUCGUCCACAUAUGCUCUCGCUUAGUAAUCCUGGUUUUAUGAUUGACAAGAAUAAGCACAAUAAGCCACUUUUCACGAUCAACUCACAUGGAAGUGAAGAAGGUUUUGCCUUAGAUUGGUCAACACCAAAGAAUGAGACUGACGAUUUAAGACUACUUACUGGUGAUUGCGGUGGUAACAUACACUUAUCACAAUUCACAAACUCUGGUUAUGUACCUUCAUCAGGUGCUUUCACAUCCCACACAUCAUCAGUUGAGGAUCUCCAAUGGUCACCAUCAGAAGCUACAGUAUUUGCAUCUUGUUCAGCUGACAGAACCGUCAGAAUUUGGGAUACUCGUGUUAGAAACAAGAAGUCAGUCGUAAAUGUCAUGGAUGCUCACGAUGAGGAUGUUAAUGUUAUUAACUGGAACAAACAAACUGAAUAUCUUUUGGCAUCUGGAGGUGAUGAAGGUAAUGUCAAGGUUUGGGAUCUCCGUAACUUCAAACCAAACAUGACAUCAAGACCAGACCCAGUCGCCAACUUUGAUUGGCAUAAGGGUGCUAUCACCGCCAUUGAAUGGCACGCUACAGAGCAAUCAGUCUUGGCUGCAUCAGGUGCUGAUGACCAAGUAACUCUCUGGGAUUUGGCUGUUGAGUUAGAUCAAGAGGAAUUGGCACAACAUGAGAUUGAAUCACAGGUUCCUCCACAGCUUAUGUUCUGUCACCAAGGUCAGAAGGAUAUCAAGGAGGUCCAUUGGCACUCACAAAUCCCAGGUUGUUUCGUCACUACUGCAUCAGAUGGAUUCAACGUUUGCAAGACAAUUUCUAUUUAGAUGGGUUUGCGUUGGACAUGAACUUUCUAUUAUUAUUUUUUUUUCAUGCAUUUAGAUUC